AGUAUCUUUGACAUGGCUCUUUCUGGCAUCCUGACGGAAGCUGAAAUUGCUGCUGGCCUACAGAGCUGUCAAGCUGCUGAAUCAUUCGAUUACAAAACCUUUUUCAUCAAAGUGGGUCUCAACUCCAAGUCCAAAGACCAACUCGCUAAAGUCUUUGAAAUUCUUGACCAGGACAAGAGUGGCUUUAUUGAGGAAGAGGAACUGAAACACUUCCUGCAGAAUUUCUCAGCCAGUGCCAGAGUUCUGACUGACACUGAGACCAAGGCGUUCCUGGCAGCAGGUGACAGUGAUGGAGAUGGUAAAAUUGGAGUGGAAGAGUUUCAAGCUCUGGUCAAAUCUUAACAAGCAGUCAAGAUAAAGAUGAAGAUAUCUGUGCCACAAACAGCCUAGUAUUUACUUACUCAUUUGGUAGCCUGGAAGGUCAUGAACAACUGCUGUCAAAUGAUUUGCUAUUGCUGGAAAACAUCUGAAGUAGUGCAGCACUACUUAACCCAUGUUCCCUAAUGUUUCAAGCAGAAGGUCUUUAUACCA